GUCGCGCCUCCUCCGUGGCUCUGGUUCCAGUGGAGCCUCACCGACGCGGAGAUGGAAAGCCCGAGGCUGCUCCCGCCUCGAGGGACACGACAGAGCGGCGGUGCUGGCAGCCCCGCGGGCGCCAGCCGGUUCCACGGCGGCCCUGACCCGCGGGCUGGCCAGGUCCCCGCGCGCCGCCUCCUGCUGCUCCGGGGCCCCCAAGAUGGCGGGCCCGGGAGGCGGCACGAGGAGGCCCGAGCGGCCUCACGGGGCCCGGGCCCGAGCCCGUUGGCGCCGAGGUCGGAUCACGCUGGCGGCGGCGGCGGCGGCGACAGCGAUGACUUCUUCCUGGUGUUGCUGGACCCGGCGGGUGGCGAUGUGGAGACCACGGGCGCCGGCCAGGCCGCAGGGCCUGUAUGGAGGGAGGAGGCCGAGUCGGUCCCACAGCUCCAGCAGGGUGAGAAUGGCGCGAAUCCCGCGGGCCGCCAGGCGCUAGGCCCCCGCUGCCUGUCCGCAGUCCCCGCCCCAUCCCCGGCUGAAAACCCGAUCCCCGCCCCAGGCCUGGGACCCGCCGCGGCCUUCACGGGCACCGUCACCAUCCACAACCAAAACCUGCUGUUGCGCUUCGAGAACGGUGUCCUCACCCUGGCCACGCCCCCGCCGCCAGCCUGGGAGCCUGGGGUCGCGCCUGCCCCUCAGCCUGGGGGUCUGAUGGCUCCGCAAGCGGGGGUCCCGCACGCCGCGCAGCCCAGCGACUGCCCGGAGCUGCCGCCCGACCUCCUGCUGGCGGAGCCGGCGGAACCGGCGCCCGCCCCCGCGCCUGAGGAGGAGGCAGAGGGCCGAGCCGCAGCCGAGAGUCCCCGCAGGCCGCUGGGCCCAGGCCCGGGCGUGGUGCUGUACCUGUGUCCCGAGGCGCAGUGCGGACAAACCUUCGCCAAGAAGCACCAGCUGAAGGUGCACCUGCUGACUCACAGCAGCAGCCAGGGCCAGCGGCCCUUCAAGUGCCCCCUGGGCGGCUGUGGCUGGACUUUCACCACCUCCUACAAGCUCAAGAGGCACCUGCAGUCGCACGACAAACUGCGGCCCUUUGGCUGCCCUGCGGAGGGCUGUGGCAAGAGCUUCACCACGGUGUAUAACCUCAAGGCGCACAUGAAGGGCCAUGAGCAGGAGAACUCGUUCAAAUGCGAGGUGUGCGAGGAGAGCUUCCCCACUCAGGCCAAACUCAGCGCCCACCAGCGCAGCCAUUUCGAGCCUGAGAGGCCGUACCAGUGCGCGUUUUCUGGCUGCAAGAAGACGUUUAUCACAGUGAGUGCCCUGUUUUCCCAUAACCGUGCCCAUUUCAGGGAACAGGAACUCUUUUCCUGCUCUUUUCCUGGCUGCAGCAAACAGUACGACAAGGCUUGUCGCCUGAAAAUUCACCUGCGGAGCCACACCGGUGAGAGACCUUUCCUUUGUGACUUUGACGGCUGUGGCUGGAACUUCACCAGCAUGUCCAAACUCUUAAGGCACAAAAGGAAGCACGAGGAUGACCGGAGGUUCAUGUGCCCUGUGGAAGGCUGUGGGAAAUCUUUCACAAGGGCUGAGCAUCUGAAAGGCCACAGCAUAACCCACCUGGGCACAAAGCCUUUUGUGUGCCCUGUGGAAGGCUGCUGUGCCAGGUUCUCUGCUCGCAGUAGUCUCUACAUUCACUCCAAGAAACACUUGCAGGACGUGGACACUUGGAAAAGCCGUUGCCCAGUCUCUACUUGUAAUAAACUCUUCACAUCCAAGCACAGCAUGAAGACCCACAUGACCAAAAGGCACAACCUCGGCCAGGAUCUCUUAGCUCAGCUGGAAGCUGCGAAUUCUCUUACGCCCAGCAGUGAACUUACCAGCCAGGGACAGAGUGAUCUCAGUGAUGCAGAGCUAGUGUCUCUCUUCUCUGAUGUGCCUGGCAGUAGUUCUGCUGCAGUGUUGGACACAGCAUUGGUGAACUCUGGAAUCUUGACUAUUGAUGUGGCUUCUGUGAGUUCAACUCUGGCAGGGAGCCUCCCUGCUAAUAAUAAUAAUUCCUUAGGGCAGGCUGUGGACCCUCGGGCCUUGAUGGCCACCAGUGACCUUCCUCAAAGUCUGGAUACCUCUCUCUUUUUUGGAACGACAGCCUCUGGUUUUCAGCAGAGUCCCUUAGAUAUGGAUGAUGUCCCAAGUCUAAGUGUGGGGCCAUUGGCAUCUCUGGGCUCUUUGACUAUGAAAAACUCAAGUCAAGAGCCCCAAGCUUUGACCCCCAGCAGUAAGCUAACAGUGGACACGGAUGCUCUGACUCCUUCAAGCACCCUUUGUGAAAACAGUGUCUCAGAACUACUGCCGCCAACCAAAGCAGAAUGGAAUGUACAUCCUGACUCUGACUUCUUUGGACAGGAGGAAGAAACCCAGUUUGGAUUCUCCUCCAAUCCAGCAGGAAACCAUGGUUCUCAGAAAGAAACAGAUCUUAUCACAGUGACUGGCAGCUCAUUUUUGGUAUGAACUAACUAUUAAUUCCUUGCCACGUGGCUUAUUCUUAUGAAUUACACUCAAUUUUUAGGCUAGUCUGGACUAAAUGUUUAAUUUAUAAUCUUGACUCUGGAACUGUCAAGUUGUGUGACCCUGAGGAAGUCACUUAACCUAUCUGAGCCUUAAUUUCUUUAUUUAUAAAAUGAGGUGGUUUCAGUAGAUUAUUUCUAAGGUCUUUUAACUCUGUAUUUAAUGAUUUUGUGCUCUUUCUUGAAAAUUUUAGGAAAUCUUACCAUGAUUAACUAUUGCAUGUGCUUCUAAUGUAAUGAAAAUGCAUUGAGAGUUAAUGAUCAGAGAAUGUGGAACUGGUGUUUAACUCUAAAAUUUUAAUGGAAAUUUUACAGAAUGUCAAAAUAUUUCUGAAAUCUAGUGUUAGAGCUUAAAAAAAGAAAGCUAAAAAUAUGGGUUAGUUCUGCUUACCUCCUUAUCUUUCUAGCUGCUGCUGCUGCUGCUGCUUCUGCUGCUGCUGCUGCUGCUGCUGCUGCU